GAAGGCAGCGUUCGACUGGUUUCCAGGAGGAGCCCUUCUCCCUUUUCACUGUGCGUUAGGGCAUUUUGUACAGAUUUUUGUUCUGUUUAUACACUUACCUCUUCCGGAAGCUCUUUGCAUCUAUUUGCGGGAGGAAAAAACAGCAACUGUGAUCAGAAAACGACCAGAGACCAUUUUAUUUGAGCGGGGAAGAAAGAGGAGAGAUACCAUCACGGGGAUAUAAAUAUCAGCUGGUGUUUUUUUGUUUUUUUGGGAGCGAGAAUCAUACAUAAGUAGUGCAAUCUGAUACCCACCCUAAGUGACAGCAAUGGGGUGUUUGGGCAACAGCAAAACGGAGGAUCAGCGUAUUGAUGAGAAAGCACAGCGAGAAGCCAACAAAAAAAUAGAGAAGCAGUUGCAGAAAGAGAGAUUGGCUUAUAAAGCCACACACCGUUUGCUUCUGCUGGGGGCUGGUGAGUCAGGGAAAAGCACUAUUGUCAAGCAGAUGAGGAUCUUGCAUGUAAAUGGAUUUAAUUCAGAAGAAAAGAAACAGAAAAUUUUGGAUAUUCGGAAAAAUGUUAAAGAUGCAAUCGUGACUAUAGUUUCAGCAAUGAGCACCUUAAUACCUCCUGUUCCGUUGGCCAACCAAGAAAACCAGUUCCGAGCAGAUUACAUUAAGAGUAUAGCCCCACUUUCUGACUUUGACUACACCCAGGAAUUCUUUGAACAUGCAAAAAAGCUCUGGGAUGACGAAGGAGUAAAAGCAUGCUUCGAGAGAUCAAAUGAGUACCAGUUGAUUGAUUGUGCACAAUACUUUCUAGAAAGAAUAGACAGUGUCAGCUUGCCUGAUUACACACCCACAGAUCAGGACCUCUUGAGAUGCAGGGUUCUGACAUCGGGGAUUUUUGAAACAAGAUUUCAAGUAGAUAAAGUAAACUUUCACAUGUUUGAUGUCGGUGGUCAGAGAGAUGAAAGAAGAAAAUGGAUCCAAUGUUUUAAUGAUGUCACAGCUAUUAUCUUUGUCGUGGCCUGUAGCAGCUACAACAUGGUCAUAAGGGAAGACAAUAACACAAACAGACUACGGGAGUCUUUGGACCUUUUCAAAAGUAUCUGGAACAACAGGUGGUUACGGACAAUAUCUAUCAUUUUGUUUUUGAACAAACAAGACAUGCUGGCGGAAAAAGUCUUGGCAGGGAAGUCAAAAAUUGAAGAUUAUUUUCCAGAAUUUGUACGUUACACUGUACCUGAAGAUGCAACACCCGAUGCAGGAGAAGAUCCCAAAGUUACAAGAGCAAAGUUUUUUAUCCGGGAUGAAUUUUUAAGAAUAAGCACUGCAACUGGAGAUGGAAAACAUUACUGCUACCCACAUUUUACAUGUGCAAUAGACACAGAAAACAUCCGCAGAGUGUUCAACGACUGUAGAGACAUCAUUCAGAGAAUGCAUCUUCGCCAGUAUGAACUAUUGUAACUGAGAAUACCAUAGAGCCUGUGGUUUUAAGCAGCUUCUCUUUCUUUCUAAACUUCCUAACAAAAAGUAGAGGAAGUUGCUGUCUAGACACGUCUGCAGCCUCAAGUUUGUUUACUUCAGUUAGCCUUUUGGCUAGUUCGCAGCAUCCCCCCCCCCCUUGUUUAUACCCUUUCAGACAAUAUAUGUGCUUAAUUUUGAUAUGCCACUACUUUGUCAUUCCACUAUGCCAUUGGGCUACCUCUGUUUAUUUAGGUUUGGUUGCAUUUGGGGUGGGGGUUUUCUUUAAUUAUUUGGACACAGCCUGCUCUUUUUCCCCCCAGCAGGUUUGCUAGUUCAAGCUGGUAUCUGAGAGUUGGGUGAUACCAUGACAUACCUAUAGUGUGCGCAGCUCCCUUUUUCACCGUGACACUGAAGAGUACUUGAUGGAUGGUGGGGGGGGGGGAAAUAAUGCACUUUGUAUCAGGGUUAUGAAAUAAUGUUGAGGAUGUAUACAUGCAUGAUGUAGCAGCACCACAAUAUUUAUGACAGUGUCAGUUUUUAACAGAACUGAGCUGCAGGUCGACUGAUCCAGUGACCUCUUCUAAGCCGUUAUUGGCACAGGAGAUAGAAUAGAAAAUGAGGCACAGGGAGAAGAUAAGUGAUUUUGGGGAAGUUUGGAGUAAGAGUCUCAACGCACCUCAGGCAUUUGAAUUUAGAGCUACUUUUUUCAGCCUAUUGCAUCUAGGCAGAAAAUCCACCACCUUUAUUUAUGUUGUUUGUUCUGUCCAAAAAUGAUCCAGCUAGCUUAGAUCAUUUUUGGACAACAGUCU